CUCCAACCGCUGUUCAACGAUGAAGGCCGCUUUAGUAAUUUUCGCCAGUUUCUGCUUGCUGGCCCAGGCAGUGCACCAACUGCCCAGCCAGGUCGCUGACACUACUUAUCUGACCAAGCAGAAGAACAUCUACGAACUGUUUUGGCACGUCGACCAACCCACUGUAUACCAUCCUGAACUCUACCAGAAGGCCCGCACCUUCAACAUCGCGGAGAACGUCGUCCAAUACAACGACCAGGAAGCAGUGACGGAGUUCAUUCAGCUCUUGAAACAUGGAAUGCUACCACGUGGACAAGUGUUCACCGUGAUGAACCCUGAGAUGCGCCACCAAGCUGUGACGCUUUUCCGUGUUUUGUACAGUGCCAAAACCUUCGACGUGUUCUAUAACACCGCUGUCUGGGCUAGAUUCUACGUAAACGAGCUAAUGUACACGUACGCUUUAAGCGUGGCUGUGAUCCAUCGUCAUGACACCAAAUUGAUCAAGUUGCCGCCAUUGUACGAAGUGCUUCCACACUUUUUCUUCAACGACGAUGUCAUGCAAAGAACUUACGAUAUCGCCAUGGGCAGCACAGUUGACGAAAAGAAAACCGUGGGCAAUGUCGACCAAUACGUACUUUUGGCCAACUACAGCGGAUGGUAUUUGACGAGGCACGAUGUACCCGAACAGAAAUUGAACUAUUUUACCGAAGACGUUGGCCUGAAUAACUUCUACUUCAUGAUCAACCACGAUUUCCCAUCUUUCAUGUCUUCCGAGAUGCUUCACACCCCACAAAUCCGUGGUGAAUAUUAUUUCUUCAGCCACAAGCAAUUGUUGACCAGAUACUACCUCGAGAGACUGUGUAACGACAUGGGUGAAAUUAGUUACGUGAGCGUAAACCACCCCAUAGUAACUGGGUACUAUCCCACCAUGCAAUUCCGCAAUGGGCUUCCGUUCCCACACAGAGAAACCGGUGCUGUUGUGCCUCUUCACAUGCAAAAAUACGUCCAGAUGCUUCAGGACUUGCACACUAGGAUCUCAACCGCCAUCGAUCUCGGUUUCGUCUUGGACACCAAUGGUAACCGUGUCAAUAUCUACGAAAAAAACGGAUUGAACGUUCUUGGUAACAUCGUUCAAGGUAACGUUGACAGCAUCAACAUGCAAUUUUACGGACAGUUGGACAUGCUCGUAAGAAAAAUCUUUGGAUUUGGUUAUGAAUCGCACGUCAAAAACCAAGUGGUACCAUCUGCUCUCGAACUUUGGUCCACCAGCUUGAGAGAUCCCGUGUUCUACAGCAUCUACAAGACUAUCCUCAAUUAUUACCACAGAUACAAGGAAAAUGUCCCCAGUUACACCAUAGAUGAAUUGAGCUUCUCUGGUGUGACCAUUCAAUCCGUAACUGUAGACAAACUGGUCACCUACUUCGAUCACUUUGAGUCCCUGCUCAGCAACGGAGUGUCCGUUCGUGGCUACAAAGAAGCCAGGAACACUUUGAUCCAGGCUCGUCAAUACCGUCUGAAUCACAAACCAUUCACCUAUCAUAUUACCGUCAACUGCGACAAAGCCACCACGGGUGUAGUUCGCAUUUUCCUUGGUCCAAAAUACGAUGAAUUUGGUCAUGAAAUUGACUUGGUCCACAGCUACAUGAACUUCAUGCAGAUGGAUGAAUUCAUGGUUGAUCGUACGUAUAUAUAUUUUAUUAUUCUUAUUAUUCAUCAAUUCAUAUUAAUGUUCACGUCCAACGCUAAUGUUUGUUCGAUUAUUCGUGUUACAGUGAAGUCUGGAAUCAACAAAAUCGACAGAAGCAGCCACGAAUCCAUCUUCGUUGUUCCUGACGAGACCGCCAGCCACAUUCUUUACAAAAAGCUCGUAAAUAGCAUCGAAGAUGGCGUAACUUUCAAGUACUCUGAACAGCCUUAUGGCUUCCCUGAAAGACUCCUUCUGCCAAGAGGUAAAAAGGGCGGUAUGCCCUACAACCUUUUCGUCAUCAUUUCGCCGGUCGACCAGUCAGUCACCGUCCAAAUAAAUUCUCCCAUAUGGGGUCACAUGACCGACGAUGGACGUUCCAUGGGCUUCCCGCUGGACAGGCCUGUCACUUCUCUGCUCUUCAACGUGCCUAACGUGCAUCUGACGGAAGUUCUGGUUCAUCAUGGAACUGAGCAAGAAUUGAACACUGUCGAUGAAACAAAACUUUCCAUGUAGUUUUUCUAAGUUAGUUCGUAAAUGUUAAUUCUUUAAUAACUCCUUAAUAAUUUCCUUAAAGAGGAAACGACAAAGAGAUGUAGAAAGAGACGAAAUAAAAUAAUGUAAAAAUUAUUGGCUUGGAUAUUUCACUAUUUUAUUAUCCUAUAUUGCGAUGUAUAAACAGCGUUAGUCUUAUCUAUGAAGAAUAAAUAUUGAUAUGGAUACAUAGAAGGUUCAAUAGUUGAUUAGCUUAGUCUGCUGAUUUUGCUUCUUGUAAUUACAUCACCAAUUUUUAAAACUGAUUAUCAUCAUCAAACAUAGGAAAAACGCUAAAUGAGACUGGAGAAGGUUUAACAGAACUGAAAGCAAUAAUAGAGAAGAGAAGGGCAAACGACAGGAAGGAUGCACAGCAAGGAGGUGAAAGACCAAAGUUCCAAUAGUCUUCAGUCAUUAGUUGCUAAUUUGUAGUUUCUAGUUUUAGUUUUUAGGGAUAGAAUAAGUAAGGUAGUGCAAUAGAAUAGAGUAGAAAAGAGGGGAGGUAGACAUAUAAGAAGAGAAAUAGACAUAAGAGAUGUAAAACCGAAAGUUCGUCCAAAGCCGAAAGGCACGGACUAAGCAAUAAUAAUAAUAAUAAUAACUAAACGUGAUCAAAAAAGAUCACAUUUUUUAUGACUUGAACUAGAAUAAUAUAAGCGUUUAUUACGUAUAUUUAAACUUCUCUUCUUCAAUUUUUAAUAAUUAAACUUUGCAUGAUACGAUAUUUAAUAAUUAUCAUUGAUCGAUAUCAUUCAACGGUAAGUGAUAAAAUUAUAUCGUUAAACUAAUGUUUCGUUUAGAGAUGGAAAUCAGCUUAUCCUAUAAAAGCCUUAGAGAAACAGAAAAAUAGUUAUCACAACGAUUAAUUUAAAUGCAGUAAUUAGAACCACUAUGAGUAAACAAACCUAACCAUACUAAGCCAUGCAUAUGUACUUAUAACCACACAACGAUCAUGUCAAAGGCGUAAUGCCUUUAAAAUUAACAGAAAAUAAAAAUCAAUUUCAAAAGUUGAUCUUAUUCAGUUGAAACAUUACAUUAAGUAUAACAGAGAUAAGACGUAGAGACAUUAGCAAAAUUGUCGAGAUAUUAAACAGCAAUUAAAAGACCAGACUAUUGACCAAUCUAAUUAUCGAACUAUCAAACGUCUGUUCACACGGCAAAACAACAGCUGUGCAGACAAGAGAACUUCAUUUCCGGCAUAAAUCAUAUCCAAUUAUCGUUGAGACAAUAUUAUCUUCGUGAAUUAUUAUUAAAGGAACUAUCCAGACUAAUAAGAGAAGAAAGUGAGAGCAAGUGUUCCAUACGAAUCAUACGAUAAUGCUAAUCAAACGAUAACGUAUUUUUAUACAUUCGUGUAAUUAAACGCGAUUACGUGAAAGUACUUAUUGCAUGCUAAAAGUUCAAUGUAGAUAAAACUCACCCUGUAUAUACAAGUUUUCUUGCAUACGCAUUUCUCUUGCUUACGUAUAUUUGCAACUUGCGUUAAUAGAAAUGCGUACCGAUACGGGCGCGCAUGCGCAACUGCUUUCUAAUUGUACCGAAGUUCAAGAGCGCCUUUUUUAAUUUCUGUAUUAUUUCGUGUUCUCCGUACCAAUUUCUCUCUGUUUUUUUUUUUUUUUUUUUUUUUUUUGGUACUCUGUACGAUAUAAUACAUCAUUUUUCGGUUACUAAAUUAACUAGAUAUAAUAUGAAAAUUAUUACCAGAAAGCAGAUUUUUAUGCGAAUUCAUAUUUUUGAGAAUAUAUGUAUAUAAAAAAGUAGAACUCCGGUAGAAAAAUGUUUUAUUCACCAAGUAUUCUAGGAAACAUUAUACUUGGAUACUUUAUAUAUUUUUUCAUAUUAUAUGCAUUCUGUGCAAUUUUGCACUUUCAGAAUUCCUAUAAAUGCGUAAAAAUCCAUAGACCAGUUGUUAUAAAUUUAUUAUUAAUUUUUACAAAUUUUAAAGUGGAUAUUAUAACAGGCGUAAUCGCUAUCAUCGUGAACUGAGAGGCAAAGUUUGUUCUGAUAAGGAAAAUAGUGUAAAAUUAGAUUUGUUUCCAUCUUAAAUUUUUUGUAAUUUAUCAUAGAACAUCAGUAAGCAAAUAUUUCUAUCUAGUUAAGUCUAUAAAGACAGACAGAAAAAAUAUAAUUUCUUAGUUGUUUGAACUUUGAAAUAAUGAGUAUUGGAAAUAUGUGCAUUAAAUAUUUCUUGAAAAAAACUUAUUAUAAAUUUUGAUUCUCAAUUUAUAUGUAUAUGAUGUAAAAUUAAUUUAUAUGAAUUAAAAACAUAAUUAACAACGAUCCCUGUUGAAAAUGACAACGUGAGUUCGGGCUCGCCAUUCAUAUGCAGAUGCGCUAGUUACAAUAAAUAGUAACUAGAAGAUAGUUCUAGAUACGAUCGAUAGAUUUAAUCGAUAGGUUUAAGAUGUUCUUUUGUUUUUAUCCCUAGUCCAUGUAAGAAAGCGCAAUAAAGGUUUUUCGGCCCAGAACGGUAUGAUAGAUUUAUCCAAAGAAUAAAAUAAUAACUAUUGUGAUCCUACCUCUGAAUACAGAAAUAACAACAAUCCCCCUGCUACUUCCCCUCCUAAGAAAAAUGAAAUGUACAACUUUUAAUUCCUUAAAAUCUGUGGAGCAUUGUAUUGUAUUCGUUCGUUGUAUUAAAGGCUGAUGCCUAUUACAAUUUUUUCACGUAUCUCCUAGCUUAUUGCAUUUUGUUUCUAUCUUAAUUUAUUCCUCAAAGCUAAAUCUUACUUCUGUAUUCAUUUAAUAAUAAAUAUAUCUAUAUCUUAAUUUUGCUGUAGAGGUUACAAUAUGGCAGUCUUUUGUGUUUCAUCCUUAUUCGUUUUUCUUCGAUUUCUUUAUUUGCUUAUGCAGAAAACUCAACUUCAUGCUUCCCUUUGUGAUGUUUACCAGUUACCAUAUUUCAUUUUCGGUUGUUGUUAUCGUUAUUUCUGUCCAUUCUUUACUUCCCAGUGUGAUUGGUAUGAUUCCUAUAUAUAUUGCGUAGUCGCUUAGUAUAUAUUUUCUAUUCUGUAUUUCUCGGAUGUAGCAUAAUCGACAUGAUAGUUUCUCUCCUGUUUUAUAUUUCAUUCCUUGUCUUAUUAUGCAUCUGUAGAAUACAUAAAAUGUAUUGUAUGCAUCAGUCGAAUAAAAAUUGCACGAAUUUCUUUUAGCAAAACGAAAUAUCCGCAUUGCUCGUCUCAUUGUCAAAGUGUGAAACAGAUUUCGUGCCUGCACCGACAUCUAGAUAUUUACUUUUUCAUUUUCUUGCAUUUAAAUAUACAACAUAUUGAUAAAAGAAAGGUUGCCUUGGGUAAAACGCCGAAAUUACAGCGAUUGAUAUUUUCUGAUCGAACAUUCAUGCAAAUUACAGAACUUUUGAUUAAGCUUGAAUAAUUAAAACAACAAUGCAGCUAAAGUAAAAGUAUUUGUUCUACGCUAUCGAUUUUUGUCAUACUAUCCUGUCACAUAAUAUCGAAUUGCAGUAAACAUAAUAAUCGCUACCUUACUCCAUAUCGAGAAAUUCUCAAUUAUGCUUAUAUUAUAUAAUAAUAUACUUCCUGUUACAUAGGUAAUGAAUCAAUUGAAAAUUUGUCUCCCAGUUAAUUAAUCCACACCAGCGAUAUCGCAUGCAUGUUUUAUUCUUCUUAAUUUAGAUUGACCCAAAAUUAACACAUAAUCUGUAAUCGGCAAGAUAAAAUUAUUCAAAACACGAAUUUCGAUCGAAGUUAAAUCGUCAAUGAACAAACAGUGUUUACUGCUGCCAUAUCCUACAACUUUAUUACGAUGAAGUACAUUGUAAUUAAAAAAAAAGAGAA